AUGGUGGAGAAGACUAAGGGAAGGAAGGAGGAGGUGGUUACCAGAGAGUACACCAUUAACCUCCACAAGCGCCUCCAUGGCUGCACAUUUAAGAAAAAGGCUCCCAAAGCUAUUAAGGAGAUAAGGAAGUUUGCCCAGAAAGCCAUGGGAACCAAUGAUGUGAGGCUUGAUGUAAAGCUGAACAAGCUCGUCUGGAGUCAGGGAAUCAGGAGUGUUCCAAGGAGAAUUAGAGUAAGAAUUGCUCGGAAAAGAAACGAUGAUGAAGAUGCCAAGGAAGAGCUGUAUUCCCUUGUCACUGUUGUUGAAAUUUCUAAGGAUGAGCUCAAAGGGCUAGACACCAAGGUCAUUGAGGACGAAGAUUGA